AUGGGUCUUUCCAAAAUCUCACUUGUGCCCACCCUUAUACUUGUCCUGCCCCUGGUCUGUCUUGCAGCUCCACCACCAACCGUGCCAGACACCGCCAUCCUCGUCGCUAGGAGUGAUUUGUCGCCGCACAUGGACUGUUACAACGGAGGUGAGCAGUUCCAGAACAUUGGAAACUGGGACCUAGUCAACGCCACUGUUCUAGCCCUUUGCAGAGACUUCGCCGGCUACAACGGCCACACUUUCAACAUUGGCGACUCGGUCAAUUCGUGUGCAGACGCCACACCAGGAAAGGGCCCUAGCAUCCAUCUAGCCAUGAAGUACAAGGGUGAGUCGGAAACAUGGACUGCCAAGGAUGACCACUACGAUGGAGGUCUUACGUCCUACUGCUGGACGGCCGUGGAGUGGGCUCUGACCGAAUGUCUCUCUGGCGGUUUAUUCGAAAACCAUAAAUACUGGGAUGUGAAGCUCGAUCCGAACUCGGGAGGCUGUUGA